GUAAACAGCUGUGAAAUUGGACUGUCUAGCCUUCUCGAUCUACUCCCGCCCUUAAUUCAGAGUAUUUCCGGUUGUCAGCGCCACGGCACGAAAAUCGAAAAUGGACCCCGAAAUCCUGCUCCGUUUUUUGUGUUCAUUUUUAAUUAUCAACGAGCUAAGAAAACUGUGUCGCGGUCGUCAUCGCCGGCAUGUUUUGUACUCCAGGCUCAUCAGAGAAAAUCAUAUCCAGACAAGGCCGUUGUACUGCAGGAUUAACCAAAGUGUACCAGUCCUGGACCAUUUUUUUAGCCAGGAGGAUCCCAGGCCUGAUUUUCGGCUAAGCAGGGAGUCUCUGGCAGUGUUGUUAAAUCUCCUGAACCAGGAUCGGCGGCAUGGAUGGGGUGCCACAAUUGAGAUCCUGGUGUUUCUUUUCUGGUUGGCAAGUGGAGCAUCCUACAGGGUGGUCUCAAGAGUGUUUGGGAUGCCUCGUUCCACUGUCCACUACAUCGUCCACCGAGUCACGAAAGAGGUGUUGGCCAUUCGCUACCUGGUCAUCCACCUCCCAACAACCCCAGAGGACCUGGAGGUAGUGUUCCGUGGGUUUGCAGGGCUGGCACGCCACAGAGCCUUUAUGAAAGCGGUGGGUGCAAUCGACGGCUGCCACAUACGCAUCAAGUGUCCAAGUGGCCCUGAUGGUCAGUGCUAUAGGAACAGAAAACUGUUUCCAUCAAUCAUCUUGCAGGCGGUUUGUGACCAUCGGGGCCGCUUCAUCGACACAUACGUGGGCUGGCCUGGGUCGGUGCAUGAUUCCAGGGUGCUCCGCCACAGCCCACUGUACAGUCAGUCAGUCUACCCUCCUCCAGUGCAUUUCAUCCUCGCAGAUGGAGGGUACCCAUGCCUCCAGCGUCCACUCCCCCUCAUCACACCCUACAAGAGGCCAGUCCAAGGUGUGGGAGCCCAGCGCUUUAACAGCCAUCAUUCCAGGGCACGCUCCAUAAUAGAGCGUGCUUUUGGGAUGAUGAAGAGCAGGUUCAGGGCCAUCUUCCUGCAAGCGCUGGAGGUGCACCACACCUUUGUACCUCAUGUAAUAACAGCAUGUGCCAUCCUCCACAACAUUUGCCUCAGUGCUGGCGACAUUGUGGCUCCUGAGGAUGAACCUGAGGAAGAUGGAGCAGAGGAUGAUGAGGGGGAUGCUGGAUUGGAGGCAGUCAGUGGUGCUCUGUGGCGGGACCAGCUGUCUGCUGAGGUGUCUGCCCUGGAGGAGGUACCACCAGACCAUGACUACUGUUAACAGGCAAGUAAACAUUUAUCUAAGCAUCUUUUUUAAUACCACUUUUUCAAACUGUUGUCUGCUACAGAGUCACAAGUAUUAUACUAGUAGUGAAUCCACUUUCUCUGGUUUGCAUAUUUCUGAAAAACCUCUUAGUGGUGUGGCAACCGUCGAUUAAGUCAGCCCUGCAAACCAGUGGAUGGACGAUGCCGUGGACAGAGGGAGGAAGCAUCCUAAAACUCUCUUUGCAGACCACCCUGUGCGAUUCUCCACUUUCUGACCAGAAAAGACAAACCACGCUUCACAGUCGCAGCACCCCAUCCAUGUCUGAUCUUCCUUCAGCAA